AUGAUGACCACGCCUUUCAACAAAGAGUCUGGCGAUGGAAGAUACCAAACUAUUGACAACAUAGUAAACAACUUUAUUUCUGAACAUCAUGAUAAAAGUCUAAGACCUCUCAGGCUUGCCAAUAUCUCCAUUUCUGAAUUUUCGACCGAAUUGUCAAAUCAUUUGUCAAUACUAAACGAAGGUGGUAGUAUUGCCUUUGGCCGUGGAGAGGAUUUGACUAGCAAGAGCCUGAGCAAGAGCCUACAGAGCCUUUUCUCGAUUACUACACCGCCCGUGAGGGAAGGACCACCGUUGACCUGGACGAGGCUUGUUCUGUUUGCAGGUCCCCAGUUCGAGGGUCCAGCGCAGUUUGGGAUCGGAAGUUCUAGCGUCGAGCUGUCAGAAAUUGAUCUCAAACUCCUACGGUCUGGUAGGCCUUGGCGAUUUCUCUUCCCUUGGCCAGAUAAAGAUGAUUGCAAGAAGGAGCUUCAAUCAAACGACACGGUAUUGCAGGAGCUUAUUGAUGCUCGGAAAACGAUAGGCGAAGUCUUGGAACAAAUUUCGCUUGUUGCGCGACGUCUUCGGAAUCACCGCGAUUUAAUCUCUCGGCUUUUUGAAAAUAGACACCACGCCAACUACCGAGAAGAUCUACCAUUUGACAGUGCUGAAUCCUCUGUUCCAGUUGAAGGCGCUUUCGGUCCUGCUGCCUCGGCAGAACAUGAAAGCUCAGGUUACCGAGACUCACCUCCCACUAUUACGAUUCUCCGUUAUCGUAGUAGUGAUCAAAUGGCUCGUUCAACCAUCGAAGAGCCGCAUGGUCCUGGUCUAUUAGGAGGCGCUCUCGCCGAAAAAGAUUUGCAAUGUGACAGUCCACCGCCCAAUGAAGACGCGAUUCAAGGGAGUAGGUUACACACAUCCGAUUUCAUACAGAGUUUGAGCGAGUUCCUUGAUGAUCCGAAAAAUGAAGAAGUAAUGCGUUGGUCAGAAGAUGGUCGAUCUGUCUUUAUUGCUCCAGAAAGCAAGUUCCCUGCGCAUCGGCUCGCAAAGCUUUCAACAAAGAGCUACCGUUCGUUCGUUCGGCGGCUUUAUUACCAUGGAUUUCACAAAAUUGAGGGUGCCUACUAUCAUGAUUCUUUCACUCGUGGUCAGCCCAGCUCCAUACGACCGACUUUGGAGAUGAGCCACAGUCCUUCACUCCCUUCACCUAUACGUGAGAACAAUUCUCAGCGUGGACCUCGGUACAAAAUCAUCAAAAGGAAGCGAACAAGGGAGAGUGGUUGA